UUAAUAAACAAAAACAUACUGUGAACGAUAUUCAGUAAAAAAUAAAAUUUAUCAAUUUUUAAAUAAAUAUGUCGUUAGUAGCAUACGCCGCUAGUAGCGAUGAAGAUUCAGAUACUGAAGAAGAUUCUAAUACAACGAAAGCAAUUAUUCCGCAAAAUAAGAAAUCAGAAUAUUGUUCGACUCCAUCAAGUGGUCACAUAAGUGAUGAAGAAGAUGAUUUUACAAAUAAAAAUAGCACACAAAUCCUCAAACAAAAAGUACCAGAUGUAAAAAAUAUAACUCUGACAAAACCUAAUACAAAUAGACCGCAUCAUGUCGCCGGUGGACAUAUUAGCGACGAAGACGAUGAUUUUACACCAGAAAGUCAAAGUGAACAAAAGCAGCCUAUUUCAAUGUCUAUGAGUUUACCAAAACCUAAAAAUUUAAUAGACAAUAAUAAUUUCGAUGUUAUUGAAGUUGAUAUUACACCCACAUUCACCAAAUUGCCAACUCCAAGAGCCUCGGACAAUGUUGUUGUUGAAGAAGAUGACGAGUUCUUGCAUAAAAAAGCACAACUAAUGGAACCUUCAAUUAGUAAACCACCUCCUGUUUCCAAAACACGUGUGAAAAUAACAAUUCCUUCUUUAAAAGAGUUUAACGAUGUUGGUAAAGAUACAGAGUGUAAGGUUAAAAAUAAAAGUGCACCUACAAGUAAAAGCAAAAGUUCAGGUUUGCUAAGUAUAUUGCCAACAGCAAAAUCUGAACAAAAUUUCCGUAAAACAACAAACGAAAAUGAAUCCAUUCCUGCCACGAAAACUUCCGCAACAAAUAUACCUUUGAAACCAGCAUUUAUUCCAGAUGCGGUAAAGCAUGGCCGUCCAGCAGCUAACACGGAAUAUGUUGAUGGUGCAAAAGCAGUAACCAAAAAGGAUACUAAAUUGCCGGAGAAGAAGAAAUCUAUUGUUGACUGCAGUGAUAGCGAAGCAAGUGAUGAUGAAAAUAGUAAUGGUGACUUCUUUUCAUUAAACACAAAACAAAAACUACCACAAGUCAGUACAAAUGAGAUAAAUGCUAUGGUAGCAAAACGAGCAGCAGAAAUAGCAGAAGCAACAACAAAUUAUCUCAAGUCAUCAACAGUAGCAGAACAAGCAAUGGAUCUUGACAAAGAGGAUGAAGAUGAACUAAAGGAAGCACAAAAAAGAUAUCAUGAUCAAGAGCUUGACCGUGAAGCAAUUCAAGCACUUGUUGGUAGUAAUGCUAAACGUAGACGCCAACACCAAAAUCAAAAUAUACAAGUUGUGGAAUUAUCUAGCGAACAAGUGCUACCAAACCGCGAAGAGUGGAUGCGUACCGCUCUGGCUUCUUCAACCACAUACCAGCCGAGAGGUGAACUUGUUGACGAAGAGCCAGUUGCUGGGACAAGACGUAAACAUCAAAUUACUUAUUUGGCACAUAAAGCUAAAGCAAAUGAAGCUGAGCUGCAAGCUAUGUGGGCUACAAAUCGCCAAAACCGUAGAGCAACACAAAGCAAAUAUGGUUUUUAAUCAUUUUAUUUGUGUAUCAUACUACAACAUAAAAACAUAUAAAAUAAUAUUAUUGUACAAAACAGUA